UCCCCAGCCGGGCGCGGGAGCGAGUUUUGAAAAAGGCCGGGAGAAGCAAGUGAACGAGAAGGGCCUCCGGGGGCAGCAGGUCCAGGGACUAUGGGCUGCAGCCGGGAGCUGAGUGUCCUCCUGUUGCUGCCCGCUUUGUUAUCCUGGAGCUCGGCGGAGAAGCUCGGUGAUGGAUGUGGGUCUGUAGUCAUCUACCAAGACAGUGGAACUCUAACGUCCAAAAACUAUCCUAGGACUUAUCCCAAUCAUACUUUCUGUGAAAAGAAAAUUCAGCUACCUCAUGGAAAGCAACUGAUCUUAAAAAUUGGAGACUUGGAUAUAGAAUCCCAGAAAUGUGAAUCUAACUACCUUAUCAUCUACAAUUCUACAACAGUGUACGGACCUUAUUGUGGCAAUGUGCCCAUCCCAAAUGAAAUAAUCUUGGAUUCCCGUGAAGUAACCAUUCGCUUUGAGAGCAGGUCCCAUAUAUCUGGUAGGGGCUUUCUCCUGUCCUUCACCAGCAGUGAUCAUCCAGAUCUAAUCACAUGUCUGGAGAAAGGCAACCACUACACAAAGCUGGAGUAUAGCAGAUACUGUCCACCUGGUUGCAGAGAUAUAAUAGGAGAUAUUUCUGGUAAUAUCAUAGAAGGCUACAGAGAUACAUCCUUUUUGUGCAAAUCCGCCAUACAUGCUGGAAUCAUUGCAGAUGAAGUGGGUGGCCAGAUCAAUGUAGUUCAGAUGAAAGGAAAAAAUCGGUAUCAGGGUAUCUUGGCCAAUGGUGUCCUUUCCCACGAUGGAUCUCUAUCAGACAAGCGAUUUAUUUUUAACUCAAACGGUUGUGACAAAGCACUGAACUUAGGAGGUGGAGAUGCUUUGAAUAUUCAGAUGACUGCAUCAUCAUCCUGGGAUGAAAUCAGUGAAGUUGGGGACUUAGUUGAGUGGUCUCCUCAGAAAGCUUGGCUUAAAGUUCCUGGACCAUCUUGGGCAGCGAACCAAAGUAACCAUCAGCAGUGGCUGGAAAUUGACUUGGGAGAGAAAACUAGAAUUACAGGAAUUAGAACUACUGGAUCUACUGUGCUUCAUUUUAAUUAUUACAUUGAGACAUUUGUUGUGAAUUAUAAAAAUAAUAACUCAAAAUGGAGACCUUACAAAGGAAUCUUAAGCAACGAAGAAAAGGUAUUCAAAGCCAACUCAAAUCAUGGAGAUGUAGUUCGGAAUAAUUUUAUUCCCCCUAUAGUAGCUCGCUUUCUAAGAAUUAUUCCACAGAGCUGGCACAAAAGAAUAGCCCUGAAGGUGGAACUUAUUGGUUGUCGAGCAGCCCAAAGUAACAGCUCUCUUAUUCAUCCACUCGGGCAGAGACCAAGUCAAAGCACCAGUGUUUCAACUAAAAAAGAUGACCGAUCAAUCACAGAAUAUAUACCGUUAGUUGAAACCAACUCAGGAUUGAAUCUUACGGCUAUCAUUAUUCCAACACUGGUGGCGCUUUUCCUGCUCUUGUUACUGGGAAUCUGCAUCUUUAUUGCACUGCGAAAAAAAUGGAAGAAAGGUGCUACGUAUGGUUCAUCUGACACUGGAAAACCAAGUUUCUGGAAACAAAUCCAACCACCCUUUGUCCGAUAUCAGUCUGCAGAAUUCACCAUCACUUACACUAACGAAAAAGAGACACCCAAAAAGCUGGAACUGAUCACAAGCGAGAUGGCAGAUUAUCAACAGCCCCUCAUGAUAGGAACUGGGACAGUUACCCGGCAAGGAUCUACUUUUAAACCAGUGGAUACAGAGGAUGAGAAAAAAUGUCUCUCAGAAAACAGAAAUCAUUACAACUGCCCACAAAAAAGAAAUCACCAUGAUUAUGCACUGCCUUUGACUAAUCAGGAACCAGAAUAUGCCACACCUAUUGUAGAGCGAUGCAUGGGAACUGAAAAUGGUUUUUCUUCAGAUAAUUGCUACAACAUUCCUACCGUUUCCUCUUUUCCUUCUGGAACUUCUCUUGCCUUUUGCAAGGCAGAUGGGAACAGUGGAGAUUAUAAAAUACCACAAAACAUUAAAGAAUAUGAUAAACCUAAAAGUAGUAUCUUGCCCGUGGUGGACUAUAAUAUAUGCUAUCAAAAGCCCCAGGCCGAAUCCCUCACAAAUGAGGGCUAUUCAACACCUAGAUACAACCUCAAACCAAUAAAUCAGACUGCAGUGACAGCACUCUUAUAAUCCAGAACUCAUGAAAAGCUGAUGAUCCAGGAAAAGGAAAGGACCUAAGGAAAACUGAAUACUGACAUCCGUGCAGAAUUAAAGUGAGUAAUGGGCUAAUUUUCCUUCCUUCCUUCCACCAUGAGAAGCCUUCAGAAUGAAGUCUGCAAGCAGUGGAUUCUCUACAGCUGAGUUGUUGGUGCUCCAUCUUAAUAUUGUGCAAUGUGUACAUACAGUUUUAAUUUAAAAAAUAACUUAAAAGUACCUUUAAUUUGUUGUCUCUCUGUUAAUGAAUGCACUGAUUUCUAGGUGAGGCAGCAUUUUAAAUACAGAUAAUGCUCUUGGAAGUUCAUAUUUAGAAUGGAUGGUUAAGUAAUUAAAAAAAGACAUGUUUAAAAAUUUUGCACUUCCCAUACAACACAGAUUUUGCCAUAAGAAAGUGUUUUGCAAUUUAUGUAUAUUGUGUGAUAGUAGUCCUUUUUAAUUUAUUCUUGAUAAGUUACAUGCAAGGUAAGGUACAGAAUUUUCAUAAGUAAAAAAUAUUCUUUUGCUCCUCUUAAGAUUUCCAUUGGUGCUGCCUACAUAUUAUCAAGUGUGUAUUCAUUCACAAGUGGUAAGAAUUAGAAAGCUUGUUUUUAAAUGAUGAAAGCUGAGAUUCUCAGGGAAUAGAAUUAGACACAAUUUUAGUGACAUACUACAUUCCUGUACUCCUUGAAAAUCUCACAGGUCGUAUAGUACUGUUAGCAUCUAAAGAUGAGUGGCAUAUAUAUUUGGACCAAAUCUGCUUUGUUUUCCAUUCUAUUCUAAGCAAGAUACGUUUAUUUCUUCUUUGGGAAAUAAUGGAAAAAA